UUACAGUUUUUGUAAUAGGGACACGGGGAACUUUGCCCUGCUUCGAGUCAGGAAAAACAAGAGGAGUAUAAAUAGGAGGGGCCAGGCAGAAGUGAGAUGUUUUUGUCUAAAGGCAGCUCAGUCAGGAUCGCUGCUGAAGGCUUUUAAGUAAACAAGUCAGUGGGUCUGUUGGUUGGAGUCAUGUGGAAGGCGCUCAGCCUUACUCUGGCUCUCUGUCUGCUAGCGGGCUGCAGAACAGAGAGCGAUGUAAGCGGUGCCCGCUGUAAGCUUCCCCCCGAGUGGAAGAUCGGAGAGUCAGAGCCCAUGAAGGAAGCUCUUGGGCGUGUGACUGUGGUGGCUUUCCUCCAGGCCAGCUGAUUAUUCUGCUUGGAGCAAGCGUCAAAGAUGAGUGACUUGCUCCUGAAGAUGGAGAAUCAAGGCUAUGUAAAUAUAACUUACAUGGUCGUAAACAACCAGGAGGAAAGGUCCCGGCGGCUCCACCACUUGCUCAAGGAAAGGCUGCCUGACGGUAUCACCCUCUACGCCCAAGAGCCGGGCCAGGCUGAUGUCUGGCAGGCGGUAAAUGCUGAAAAAGAUGACAUUUUGGUCUAUGACAGGUGUGGCCGACUCACUUACCAUCUCUCACUGCCCUACACCAUCCUGAGUUACCCAUAUGUGGAGGAGUCUAUAAGAAUGACUUAUUGUAAAAAGAUUUGUGGAGAGUGCGACGCAGAGACUUCACUGGAACUCGACGUGUGCAUCAAUACAGCAGACGUGAAGCCUGAGACGGACACUCAUGCACCAGCAGAGGAAGAACGUAACAUUGAAGAGACCAACCGUCACCAUCGUGGUCAUCAUGGGCACGGUCACCACCACCAUGGGCAUCACCAAGAAGGCAUGGAGAGGCAGGGGCAUCCCCAACAGCAUCGUCAUGAGGGUCAUCAACACCACAGCCAACAACAGGUUGUUUUGGGUCAGGUCCAAGUGGACUUUGGCCAGGUAGCCCUCAAUGAGCCACCAGUCAUGAAACGACCUUGAGUGAAACAGUCAAGGUGAAAAGUUCAGUACAGCUGACAGCAGGGGGCGGACUCUGCCCCGGCCAGCUGAUGCUGACACUGACGACAGCUGUUUUCUGGGGAGAGCAAUGGGCGCCUGGCAGGUCUCUGACAGUGUGAUGAGGUGCUUCCGGCCUCCUGAGCCUGACAGGGCCUGGGAGGGGAGGCAAACCAUAUAAGGGAGACCUGACAGUGACGUCCCGCCCCCCCAGUUGAAUGACAGCUGUCGCAGCCAGUCUGAGUCUGAGCAGCAGGUUCCACUAGUUGAGCUUGACAGGAGAAGUAAGCAGGGAAAUUGGCUUUUUUAUAAACAUCAGGGAGCCUAGAACUGCUGUUCAGUGCUUACCAACUAGUAUUUACACCUCAGAGUAAGGCAACACUGGACCUGUUAAAGGAAAAUGUUAUCAGGAAGUCAUUCAAUUAAGUACCAUCUGAAUGGCGUCACUUGGAUUAGGUUUUGUCAGACUAAAUGUUUGUUAGUGGUCCAGUGUUUGAUCCCUCUUGAGAGUGUGUGAGGUGCAGUCAUGUUUAUGGUUUUUCACUUCUGUAUGCUUUAUGUUGCCUUUAUGAAGGCAGGUGCGGAAACUAUGAACUAGUGGUGCCUGUUUGAUGUUAGGCCACAUAAGGCAGAGGGCAAAGGUCAUGAAACAUCCUGUACCCUUUUUUAAAUCCAAGCAAAGCUAUUAUAGCUAACUAUCUGGAGUAUUAAAAUCAAGUUUUAAUCCGGCAUUCACAAUUAUGCUAUUUUGUCUAGUUAAAUGAAAGGUUAUCUGAAAGUAGGCAGAGAAAUUCUAACCAAACAAGACCAAACACUGUUUGAUACAUCAUUAAAAAGUAUUUUUAUCUUUAAUCUAGUUACUAGCAGUGACAUUGUAAGAGAUAUGUAUAUUGUAAUACAUUUGCAUACUCAACAUUACAUAAUCUCAAAUGUUAAGGGAUCAUAGGGAGAUGCACAAUAACACAUUUAUUCAUUUUGUUGUUGGUAAAGGUUAGGUCAUAGUUAUCUUGAGAAGAAUUGUAACAUUUUACAUACUAAAUGACAGUUUUCUGGGAAAUUUUCACCUGGAAAGCCUGAAGGAAUGUAUGGAAAAUGUUGUGAGACAGAUACAUGUGAAAAGUAUGUGACAAGUAAGAGUUUGUUAAAAAAAUAAUGUGUUACUUAAAAAUAAAAAUAAAUAAAGUUUUGACUUCCAA